AUGCGUGAGGCCAUCAAGAGCAUUGAAGAAGAGAGGGCUGCUACAGGUGCUGCCGCCCUGCGAUUGACCUUCCGCACUCACUAUCGAAACAAAUUUACCAAGUUUCAGCGUGAUCUGGAUGCUGUGAUGAAAGCCUGGAGGGAAAUGAUGGAUGAGAGAGACAAGACUCAGGAAGGAAGAGCUCGUGACCUGGCCGCGAAGGCGGCGGCGGAGGAACAGCGGAGAGCCCAACGCGCGGAGCGGCAACGGCGGCGCUUCGAAGCGCGCGAGGCCCAACGGAGACUGCGGCAAGAAAGUGGUGCCAAGCGACGUGAAGAGCUCCGUGCCCGGCGCCGAAGAGCGGUGCUGGCCAGGCUGGCACGUUUGAAGAGCUUGGUGUCAAAGCUGAUGAACCACUACGAGAAGUCUCGACGACGGCGGCUGUUGAGCACCUGGGGAGUUCCAGAGCUACCGGAAGGUUUGCAACUGAGCAGCUUCCAGUCACCCGAUGACACCCUCUGUGCUUUGCUGCGCCUUUCCGACGGGUCGGUGCGUCCUGGGCCGUAUCGCACGAGCCUGGCGGCGGCCAAGAAGGACUUGGCGGAGCUGCGGCUGUGUCAAGCGCGGCGUGGAGAUCAAGCCAUGUGUCAGGAGCUGGAACGCCGGGACGUUGACGCCAUGAGCGCUUUCUUCGCACAAAGCCUGCGGGGCCUGCAAUGA